AGAUAGUGUUUCUGAACUCAGGGAAUGGAGACCGGUCAUUUACAGGAAGUGCACGGACACUUUGUGGUUGCUCCUCUUCUUUCUUUUCUGGGCUGGUUUGAUGUUUAUAACUGGCUAUGCUGUGAUGGCUGGUGCCGCAGAAAGACUUGUGCUUGGAUAUGACAGCUUUGGGAACAUAUGUGGUAGGAAGAACACUGCUGUAAAAGGAGCACCCCUUUCUGGACAGGACAUGACUAAUAAAAAGUAUGUGUUCUUUCUGAAUUCAUGCAGCCUGGAAACACAAAGCCUCAAAAUCAGUUCAGUUUCCUUGUGCGUGUCUAGUUGUCCACAAGAGCAACUCAACUCUUUGGAAGACCUCCAGAGUUUUGCAAGGAAUAAUGGUUCAUGUCUUUGCGUUUACAACCUGGAUGUUUCCAGUUACACACUAAAUCCAAAGGCAGCUGAGCUGUGUCCCACACUGCCAGUUCCACCAAGUAAAUCUUUUCCAUUAUUUAAUCGAUGUGUUCCACAAAAUCCCGAGUGCUAUUCCAAAUAUGCAUCUGUCUUAAUAAGUAUGGUCAAUGAAAUGGACGUUUUUCACCGAAUUCUGAGCGGAAUAUUGGCAGGAAGAGAUACUGUGAUAGGACUGAGUUUCCUUGCACUAGCCUUCUCUUUUAUACUGGUUUUAGCCUUCAGAUUCAUUCGGACCCUUCUGGUCCACACCUUGAUUGCACUGGUGUUGUUUGGGCUGUUAUUUGUCUCAGGUGUUCUCUGGUGGCUCUAUUAUGACUACAGGAGUGAUCCCAGCACAGAAUUGGAAACAGAAAAGGAAAACGUUGUUCUGCUUUCCCUUAUACUUGUACUAAGAAAGAGGCUUCAGUUCACUGUACAACUCUUCCGGAUUGUUGGUAAAAUCAUUGGCAGAAUUCCUUUCCUCCUGUUCCAACCACUCUGGACCUUUCUGAUUCUCAUUGUGUUCUGGCUAUUUUGGGUUGCUGUACUGCUUAGCUUAGGAACUGCAGGUACUGCACAGACUACUUCAGGAGGACAGGUAGAAUACAGAGCUCUGUCUGGAAUUUCCUACAUGGCAUGGUAUCAUUUUGUUGGCCUUAUCUGGACUAGUGAAUUCAUUCUUGCCUGUCAACAAAUGACGAUUGCAGGGGCAGUGGUUACUUGUUACUUCAACAGAAAUAAAAAUAACCCACCACCUCACCCAGUCCUGUCUUCCAUAUCAGUUCUUUUUUGCUAUCAUCUAGGAACUGCUAUAAAAGGCUCUUUUCUAAUCACAAUACUGAGAAUACCAAGGAUUGUUCUCUUGUACCUUUAUAAUACACUAAAACAAAAGGAGAGUGCAUGUGCAAAGUGCCUGUUCAAGUGCUGUUUCUGCUGGUUUGGGUGCCAGGAAAGUUGCUUAAGAUACUUUAACCAGCAUGCAUACACAACUACAGCCAUAAAUGGGACAAAUUUUUGUACAUCAGCAAAGGAUGCUGUCUUUAUUUUGGCAAAGAAUUCUGCUAAACUUGCAUCCAUUAGCUGUUGCGGAGAUUUUAUCCUAUUUCUAGGAAAGGUAUUUGUUGUAUGUUUUACUGUUUUUGGAGGAUUGAUGGCAUUUAACUACCAUCGAGAGUUGCAAGCUUGGGUAGUUCCUCUUCUGCUGGUUGCAUUUUUUGCCUACGUGAUGUCCCACUGCUUUUUGUCUGUGUUUGAAGUGACAGCAGAUGCCAUGUUCCUUUGCUUUGCUAUUGAUAUGGAAACAAAUGAUGGAUCUGAAGAGAAGCCAUACUUCGUGGAUCAGGAACUGUUGACAUUUGUGAGUCAGAGUAACAAGUUAACAGGAGGGCAAAAGCACAGAAGCACGAGACCUUUCCAGGACAAUGAAGAUGGGACAGAGCUCCAACCUAUGACUUGAAGUGCACCAGGAAGUAUGAAGGCAGACUAGCAAUAGCAAAACCAGUCAUAGAAAAAAAAGGUUGCCAAUACCCCAGGACAAAGUAUUAAUUCUCAAAAUCUCUGCUGUACCUUCUGCACUGGUAAAAUGACACAAUCUGUUUGUAUGAAUAAUGUAUUUUCUGUGUCAGCACAUCUGAUUUUUAUUAAUAUACUUGUUACAAUGGUCUGAAAAGUUGUUAAUAAACACACUCCUUGUAAAUUUCUA